CCACACACACACACCAGCCUGGCCGCGGCGCCGCCGCUGCCCCUGCAGCCGUCUGCCUCUCAGCCUGAGCCUGUGCUCGAGUGGAGCAGCAGCAGACAGCGGAGCCUGCCGACCUUACGGACGCAGAGAACAGCAGCGUAGCUCGGUCAGUGAGCAUGGAGCUCUCGGCGGCGGGAGAUCGCAUUUUCGCCGCGGAAGCUAUUCUGAAACGCCGCGUCCGUAAGGGAAGACUUGAAUAUCUGGUGAAAUGGAAAGGAUGGGCAAUGAAACACAGCACGUGGGAGCCAGAGGAGAAUAUUCUGGAUGACCGGCUGAUAAUGGGCUUUGAGCAAAAGGAACGAGAAAGGGAAAUACAUGGGCCCAAAAAACGGGGACCAAAACCCAGACACUUAAAUACGAAGACUAGUAGUCAGAGAGGAGAGACCAGCAAUCGAAAUCCAAGCAGCCGUCAGAGCACGUCACACUCCUCUUUGUCCAUUUCCAGCCGAGCAGCUCCCUCCUCUUCUGCCCCUCCUCCUAGUUUAUCAUCGUCGUCCUCCUCCUCUUCAACUGUUGCUCCCUCCCCUAAACUCAACUCCCUUGCCGCCACCCACAAGCUGAAGAAAGACAUUCAUCGCUGCCACCGGAUGUCCAGGCGCCCUCUGCCUCGCUCGAAUCCCAUGACAUCUACCUUUACUAGUGCAGGUGGCUUCCCCUCCCGUAUGCACGUUUCCCCUUUCUCCGAGACCGUCCGCAUCCUGAACCGUAGAGUCAAACCUCGAGAAGUCAAGAGAGGUCGAAUUAUCCUCAACUUGAAGGUAUUCGACAAGCCAGGCAGGAGUGGCACUGCUUCAGGCACAAGGAAUAUCCCAGCAGGACGCCAAAACAUCCCUUCACGCAAUCGCAUCAUCGGUCGGAAGGGAGAGGCUCCUUACAGACCUUUCCAGCCUCCGCUGAAGAUGUUGGGGUUUCCGAUGUAUGGGAAGCCGUUUGGGCUGCAGUGUGGAGGCCCCGUGCCUCUUCACUCCCAUCCAGGGUCACGCACCAGCUCAGGAGCUAGGCACAGCCACAUCACUUCCUCUCAAUACCAGGCACCUCCUUCUCCAUCUAGCUCCAGUGGCUCCGAAGGAAAGUCCCAGCCUUCCACGUUGCCUCCCAGAAAGGAUUCCAAGUCCAGUAAAGCUCUCACAGAAACCCAGAAAAGUCCAUUUGCUCCUGCCUCAUCCUCAGAUGCAAACCCUGGAGCCUUAGCAUCUUCCUUCCUGCCUUCGUCUCCAUCUUCUUCAUUAGAAGAUGAAGAACAGGGCACCAUGGACCCCUCACUGCCCUCAGAAGGAAGCAGAAAAAAUCCCUCCCAGCGCAAAGCCAAACAUCUGUCAACCUCCACACUUCCCUUCGUCAGUCCCGGGGAACAAACUUCUGCGCCUGUCGAACCCCAAAGGGUGCCAGCUGAAGGAGACCCUGACUGGCACCCAGAAAUGGCACCAAGCUGCAAAGAUGUCGUGGUCACAGACGUGACCACCAACCUCGUCACCGUCACCAUAAAAGAGUUCCCCUCUCCUGCUUCUGGCCCUUCUUCACCUUCUUCUGGUCCUGAAAGCGCCUCCUCCUCCCCUCCAGUCACAACAUCUGAGGACCCCUCCCCUACGAAGCCAUAGGAGAUCAGAUAUUUUCAAACUGAUUGCCAUUAAAGAUAGGAAGAUAUAUAUCAACUAGUGUUGCCACUUCAGCCCUGCCUUACAUUAUCCAUUGGUGUAGGUCCAUGUUUGUGAAACAAGAAAUGAAAUGUAAUGUAACUAAAUAUUGCCCAGCCAUAAAAUAGUAAAUAAAAACAUAUUUUUCUUUAAAAAAAAAAAAAAAAAAAG